CCGCCAGCCAGUUAGUGCGAUCCGAACGCGGCGCCGCCAUGCCGGGCAUGUCAGACGAGCCAUGAACUCGGCAGCCAAAACGCGAGGCCUCCUCCUGGGCCGCCUCCUCUGCGCCAUCGUGGUUCUGCUCGCAGCGAAGGCGAUCACGGCUGCCGUCCUGGGACCGUACAACGCCUACGUCGACAGAAUUUACGCGUGCGCUCCCGGGGACUCGAACUCCACUGAGGAGAUUGUGAACUUCAUCGAGGUGUCCAAGUACGACAUUCGAAAGCAGCACAUCCUGCAGAGGGUGACGGGGAACGUGACCGUGUCCAUCAAGGAGGGCAUCAACAACGCCAUGUGGGCCAAAGCGCGCCUGGACUCCCGGGUGCACGCUCACUGGGCCGACAACGCCUUCACCUUCUCCUUCGACAAGGCGUGCGAGCAGGGCCGCACCCACAUGCCCGGAGUCUGGAGCACCUUCUUCAAGCUGGACCCCACCGUGAACCCCUGCAGAGUGCCGCCGGCGAUCUACAGGAUGGAUAACGAGCCCAUCAACUGGACCUUCCCCAAGUUCCCCAUCAUGCCCCACGGCAGCUGGACGUUCCACCUGACCGUCGGCCAGGGCAAGAACACCGUCCUCUGCAACAACGUGGACAUCCGCUCGGUGGCCAAGCAGCGCCCUGGCACCCGCUAGCGCCGCCACGGACCUGGUUUCUCUGCAGCCCGCGAGGCAGCCGCUCAUCGCUCGAGGUUUUCUGGUGGUUCCCCUGCGCCCUGCCACGCCCUGCCGCGCCCUCCAGGGCCGAUGCCCGCCAAUGCAACAAGCACCCGUCCUGUCUUUUUAUCCAUGUUUUAUUGUUUCAACUUUAAUUUCGUCUCGUUCUUGGACUCA